CAGCACACCCACACACACAAACACCGGACGUCUCUGGUGUCUUGGUAGCUGUGCCGAGAUUAGACGACAAGUAAUAAUAAUGGCGCUUAGACCUCUGCCCUCUGUUGUAUUGGUGGUUACCUUUCUAUUUGGAUACGCUAACGCUGAUCAUUAUGAUGAUUAUGAUGAUUACGAGUAUGAUUAUCAGUGUGAAAACCAACGCUAUGGAGAUAUUGAUGACAGUAAGUUGUGUAUAAAUAAUAUAUACCCUUAGUCAACGAGAGGGAAUCUAGCCCAUAUCCUUCACAGCAGAAUGCCUAGGCGUUGAAAUGAAACCACAUAUUUUUAGACACGCUACUGUAUGAUAUCAAGGAUCGUUAUUUUAUACUCUUGUCUUUAUCUUUCAUUUGCAAACGUAGCUGCAUUCUUUGUCUCCCUCUUCAUCGUGAUGCCCAUUAUAAUGUGUGUCUACUGCUGCUCCUGCUGUACGUUCUGUACUGUGGCCUGGCUGGUCACCUGUAUCCACCGCUGGGGUACCCGCUGGCGCAGGAACAAUGACCCCACCAUUGUCGAGGUUAUCGACCCUCAACAAGUUGGAGCUCCUGGCAAUAUUAUUAAUAGUGGUCCUCCUAUGCCCCCUGAUGGUAUAGAUGUACCACCACCUUAUUCUCUUGCUGCUGCCAGUCCCAGUGCCCCUCCCCCUCUCACUCCUGACUCUCAAGAAGUUACUUCAGUUGACCCUAAGCAGGAACAAGUUGGGGACAUUGAUCAUGAGAAAGAGGAUUGAUACAAACAUAAAUUUUAUUCAUCUCAAAAUAUGUUUUGUCUGUGUUUUUAACAUCUCAGUGUUUUUUUAAGUGUGACUAUUGUUCAGUUGAGCAGUGUGAAAGUUGCUUUUUAUAGG